AUGUUAUCAAGUAUCGCUUUCACUAUCAUUUCUAUAGCAAGUACUAGUUUUACAAUUUUGAUCACUCUUCCUAUUGUUAUUAUCCUGUACAUUCGUUUACACCGUGAACGAGCUACUGUGAUUCUCCUGUCAGCCAAUACGUACGUGGGCUUACUCACAUUUUCUAUCAUACUUCUGUCGACAAACAUUAACGUUCUUCGAGCGGAUUUGUUCGAAACGAGUUUGGUAAAUACCGGUGGGUUAACUGCUUGUCAGCUUCAAGGUUUUCUUGUCUAUGAACGCUUCGGCUGCUGUUAUUCAAGUUUUGUUCUUCAAGCACUCUCUCGUUUAUUAAAAGUCUUAUAUCCCAAACGAACAAUUCUUCAGUCAUUCAAAUUCAAUCUAGUUUGCAUUGUCUUACAAUGGAUUCUAUGCUUUCUUCUUCUUCUACCUUCUUACAUAUGGCGAGAUCUAUUCUAUUCACUUUACGAAUUUGAUUAUUACUGCGGCAUACGUUAUGAGAGAUUAUUUUAUCUCUGGUAUGUCAUUUUCAAUAUAUACGUCUUACCCCUUACUUACAUGGCUAUAAUCUACAUUCGAUUGAUGUAUUAUAUACGUCGUGGAAACCUUGAAUUAUUGCAAACACAACGAGGACGAAGUGCACAACGUAACUACGUUGUUAUACGUCGUAUUUUAUGUACUAUGACUGUUCUGGCUUUAGCAGGACUACCGAACGUCGGUUUAGCUAUUUUAGCAUAUAUCAAGCCGAACUUGUCCGGCUAUUAUUAUAUGUACCGAAUUCAAUGGAUGGUUCCAACAAUAACGAUGUGUACUCUUAGUAUAGUACUUGUAUUUAUUACCCCACAGCUAAAAAAGGUCAUCAUGAACGCAAAACUCCCAGAUAAACAAGUGAUGCCUACUUGA